AAUCCUACUAUUUAUUGUGUAUAUAGGAGUAACGAUCAUAUACAGACUUCCCACCUACUCUGUCAUUUAACGACUCACGGCAACAAGUAGUAGUGCAUCAACUUCAAAUUAGCUGGAGCCGGCUAAUACGAAAAUCGUCAAUCUCCAUAUUACUGAACGAUUAUAAGAGAUCUUGUGCAGCUGAACUCUUUUUAAGUCAAUUACACUGCUGAGCAUUCAUUCUCGUCUUUCUUAAAUUCUACCAUUAUGUCAAGCUUGAUGGGCUCAAAUGGUUUGGUCUUGGCAACAGCAAUGGUUGUCUCUGCUGGCACUGUUAUUCUUUUUGAUCUACUUCGGGAAAAGUAUUUGUCAACUAUUCAGUUUGAACUUACAAACAACAAACAAGAAUAUUCCCCACAUGGAAAACAUAUACUCAAGUCUUGUUUAUCUUCAGGUGAAAAGAAGAAAAAGAAGAGAGUUCAUUUUGCAGCUAAUGUGAAAGAUUCAAAUGGAAAUGGCGAGGAGUAUAGAAGGGUAUUUAAGAAAUAUUAUAGCAAAACUCAAAGUAAUUCGUGUGGUAUGCCAGAGAAUCGUAGAGCUUUGUACACUGGAAUUCUCAAGGAUCGGGUGCAUCGCAUGGAGUUCUCUUAUUGAUCACUAAAAAAAGGAAAACAGAGACAAAUUGAGAGAAGAAAUCCCAGGCUCUCCUGAUUUAAUCGUAAAUCUUGAUGUAUGAACAUAUUUUAGAAUAUCUAAGUGGCGGAGCCACAUAUAUGUACUCAAGGGUUGUUAAUCAUACAUUCGUUACUCGGAAAAUUAUAUUGUAAUUAAGUAAAAUUAUUUUUUUAUGUAUA